UAUUUAUUGAGGAGGAGAACUCGUCUUGUGUACAUUGGUUUAGCAGCAUAGCCAGAUCUUCUUCUGAGCACACGAUGCACAAAGAUGUCUAACAUGGAUUUCAGUUCUUCUUUUCUCUUGCCAUGCAUGCUGGUGAUUCUGACCAUUAUUGAUGGCAGGGCUUCUGCUGGCAGAGUCCAGGUUACUCGAAACAUUGGCAGCGAAAUUGCCUUCCCUUUGGGAAUUAGAAAUCAAAGCAAUAUCUCUACAAUAGUCAUGAGAGUUAAAAACUGUUCUUGCACAAUGAAUUCUACUGUGGACUGUUGCAAUUGCUUUAACAAGAUGUGUUUGAAGAAUGGAUCCCCAGAGAUGAAGGAUUUGUCAAAAAAUGAUGAAGGGGAGUAUUAUUUUUCUCAUGGAACAACCAGCAAAACAUUCUUUCUUAGAAUAUGUGAAAUGCCUCCAAAUAUCCGCGUCCAUUGUCUACCUGAUGGAAAAGCAGAACUAUCCUGUGAAGUAGGAAAUUCCCCCCGUGGCAGCAUUUACUGGACCCUGAAUGGAAACCGUUUGAAUGGUACUGAUGCUUGUGAGAAAGAUGGUGGCACGACGGUUGUUCUGGAAAAAGGAGUAACAGGAGCACUGGUUUGCCAUAGAGGAAAUGCCUGUAGUAUCUCCACUCAGUUGGUGUGUCAUGAUGUGGAUCUGCUGAAGCACCCUCUGUUCCUGGUCCUUUUGGCAGCUUGUGGAGGGGCGGCUAUUCUUCUGGUCAUUAUUGCCUCAGUGAUCACAUGCUGUUGCAUGAAGAGAAAACAUAAUUUCAUUCCUGUGCCUGCAGAAGAUGAGAAGGAUGAAGGAGUAACCCUGUCGGUCAUGUCCACUGAAAGACAAAAGAGUCCUCCUAAUGGAGACCGCUGUGAAACUACAGCUGCCCUUGCUGACCGCACUGCCAGUCCUGGUCCUGAGAAUCUUAAUCCGGAGCCCAAGAUGGAUCUGAAAUCUACGACAGAGCCUGUGCUUGAACCAGGGCCUAAAACUGAGGUAGAGGCUGAAAAAGAGACAGAGUUCCGAGAGGUUAUGGUUGACAGUACAGCCCUGGAAGCUACAGAUGACUGUUUCCCUGAUCCUAUUGAAGCUUAA